AUAACGAUCUUAACCACACAAAAGUGCAACAAGCGAAAAAUGCCGGUCACAACAAAACCCACUCGCUGUUAAAUUAAUCUAUAAAGCUGUGAAAUAGGAUUACAAUUUACCCCGUGGCCUUCUCUUUGAUCAUCAUCAUGGGUAAAGUUUUCAUGGAUCAUAUUGGUGGACGAAAACUAUACAAUUGUGCGGCAUGCGGAACAAAUUUGACCAACAGACGCAAUCUUUUGCUCAUUUUCGUUGAUACAUCUUAUGGUGCGGGUGCAUCCGGUCGUUUCUACAUGUUUCAGCGUGUGGUAAAUAUCACUUACUCGCAAGUUAUGGAACGCUUCACGCCUUCUGGCCGGCAUAUGGUACGCGAUGUAAUGUGCAAAAACUGCAAGGUUAAAUUAGGAUGGAUGCACGAGUUCACCGACGUCAAAACGCAAAUGUACAAAGAAGGCAGAGUUGUCAUAGAAUAUGCAAACAUAACUGAAUCGGAAGGAUUCCCCGAAACAUAGGUUAGAACUACUCCAAGGCUGUGACGUAUCCUGAAAACCGUUUUUGAUCUUUUCGAAUCAUAGAUCAUAAAACGAAGUCCUCAGGAUAUACUCUCAAACCACAUAGUACAAAACAAAACAUUGAAAUGUCCUUUACGUCGCGAGUAUGUUAAGUUACCGAAUUAAUGAUGAAAUAUGUUAUGGAACGUGUUAAACAAUGCCAUGUUUAAUAUCAAUUACAAUCAUAUUGAGAUGUAAAUUGAGUAUUAAACUAUCGAACAUGUAUUUAGCGAGAUGAAAUCAGUCUAUCGAAUUAACAAUUCUGAAAUAAGAAUCUACCAAAAACGAAAUAAGCUACCGAGCCACUGAGAUCGUGAUCAUAGUGUAAACAAAAAGAUGAAUUGAUAAUUAAAAGCCAAUAUAGACUGCA